ACACUCUCAGAAUCCAGGUCCCCUCUCCCUGCAUGUGGUCAGCAGCAGCCUAAAGAGCAGCACAGGCAGGUGCAGGCAUGCCAAGGUUCCUGGCAGAAAGUGUCCGUGUGAGCAUGUGCUCCCAGAAAGAAAUAAGACCUUUGCUGCAGUUACUUUUCAUCAAAAUGUAUACUAUUCAUAACUAGUGCAGGAGUUCUUAGAAUUAAAGGGGUAGAGAAGGCAGAUUAUGAAUUCCUACAGUUCUCUGGUACCUGAGAACUAAACUCAAGAAUGCUAUAGAGAUUUCCUCAUGAAGUCAAGCUCCCUGGUGGCUCCUGUGGGGAUAUUCAGCUCUCGAGUUCUCUUGCCUGCUCGGUUCCUGGGAGUUGAACCAGGACAGGUGGACCAAAGGCCAUCUCUGGAAAGGAUUUCCCUGAGGAGAAUCUUCACUGAGACCUUAGCUGACAGCCAAGGAUGGCGAGCAAGGGGCCCUCGGCCUCUGCAUCCCCUGAGAAUUCCAGUGCAGGGGGUGCCAGCGGAAGCAGCAACGGCACUGGGGAGAGUGGAGGGCAGGACAGCACCUUUGAGUGCAACAUCUGCCUGGAUACAGCCAAGGAUGCUGUCAUCAGCCUGUGUGGCCACCUCUUCUGUUGGCCGUGUUUACAUCAGUGGUUGGAAACAAGACCUAACAGACAGGUGUGUCCAGUUUGCAAAGCUGGUAUCAGCCGAGACAAGGUCAUCCCACUCUACGGCAGGGGCAGCACUGGGCAACAGGAUCCCAGAGAGAAGACCCCUCCCCGUCCUCAAGGACAGAGACCAGAGCCAGAGAACAGAGGGGGAUUUCAAGGAUUUGGAUUUGGAGAUGGUGGCUUCCAGAUGUCUUUCGGAAUUGGGGCAUUUCCCUUUGGGAUAUUUGCCACAGCAUUUAACAUAAACGAUGGGCGGCCUCCUCCAGCUGUCCCUGGGACACCGCAGUACGUGGACGAGCAGUUUCUGUCACGCCUCUUCCUGUUUGUGGCCCUGGUGAUCAUGUUCUGGCUUCUGAUUGCCUAAUGCUGGGCUCCUGCCUGCAUCUGUGGCAGGACCUAUGGACUGGCAACGUGCCACCCUCACUCUUGGUGUUUGGCUUCCUGGCUAAUCCUGACUCCUGGAAUCAGUGGGGUCAGUAACACAUCAAGGAUUCUUGCUUCUCCAUCAGAGCUUUGGAACUCAAGACCGGUUGGCAAGGUCUCCUGAGUGUCACCACUACUGUAAACACCCUACUGUAACCUCAGGCCUUGGCUUUGAGUCCCCUCUCAUGGGUGACAUCAUGAAAUCUGUUCCAGUCAGCUUGGCAUGUCCUGACUCUGCACAGGGAAGAGGCAGGAAGAGAGAAGCUGUCCGAGUACAAUUUCACCCGAGUUUAAUAUUACAAAAACAAAAGGACGAUCCAAAUGGUAUUUAUGGAAACUUGGUUUCAUCUCUUUAAAUACCCUUGAUAAGUGGCCUCCAAAGCCAGUGGGGUUCCUCAUACAGAGGGACUCUCCUUACAGAUCCCAAUGCUGCUCUGUCCUUUUUCCUCCCCCUCCUCUUCCUCAGCAGAAAUUCAAGAAAUUACUGUCCCAUAAAGAUCAUAAUUGCAGCCGCUGAAGCUGGAGUUGCUUUAUGAAUUCACCAGAGACCCAAAGAUCUCUUACUGGCUCUGGGGCCAUGCCCAGUGUCUUUGGCACCAGAGAGCAGCUUGAAUGGACCUCCUGGUUUCCUGCCAUGGAUUAUCCCUGGUGAGACAUGGCUUCACACACAGAUUUCCCAUCAGCUUUCUCCCAAAAUAACAAACAUCUGCCUCUGUCUUCCAGAGCACAAACAGCCUAGACUACUGCUUAGGUGGGACUGACUGCUAUGUAUCAGGAAAGACCUGGAGUCGGGACAAUGGGAUUCAUAGCUCUGAUGCAGGAACAGCCAACCAAACCACCCUCUCCCCUAAGCUGCAGAAGCUGCAAGUACAUCCUGUCCCAGAACCCACUCAGAUGAAACAGCCUAGCUGCAUGUUAAAGUCCAGCAUCCUCAGAAGCCAAGUUGUCUUUCACAAAGAGACAGGGAAGGGGGAAAACCCACAUGUGACCCUGGUGGCUCGAUGGAGUCCUUCUGAAAACUCUUUGUAUAUGUGACUCCUGAGUAGGCAACCCCCAACGAUUUAUAACUCCAGAUGGCAGAUGGGGAGCCUCAGCACAGCGAUAUAGAAUCUUUCCUGUGGAAUCCAGGGAAAAUUACCUUCCUAAGCUCUUGACUUGUUUUUAUAUCAUAAGCUGCUUCUUCCAAAUCCAAUUAAAGAAGUGUGGUGCCAGGCAGACAGGACCAUUCACCGGUGAAAUGGGUCUUCCUCACCAACUCUUGUCGUAGAAAUCCAGCCUCUCCCUGGAGACCCCAAGGGUGGGGGUGAUGGACUUCAUCGGGCCUCUCCCUUCACCAGUCUACCCUGCUUCUAGCUCACCUCCAGCAACAGCCAACAGAUGAUGGGAAGGCCACCCAGCUUUUUACCCCAGAUAUGGCUCUCCAUAGUUUAUGGAAACCCGCACCUUGAGGAAGAUGAAGGAAGCCCUCCUCCCUGUUCCACAGCCCCUCCCCUUCUCCUUUGCACCUGUCAAUGCCAGAGUUCAGUGUUUAAACAGACGAAACAUAAAGUAUUGAGUAGGUGAUUCAUUUGAAUCCACUUAGGGAUAAACUACCAGACUUACAGUGGGCCUGAUGGAUCUUAAUUCAUGGGCACCCACUUAAAGAGUGCUCUUUUUAUCACCUUCUGGAAAUCCCCAAAAUUGGAGGAGCCUCUGGAGUUUCUCUGCUUUAGGGAGAAUUGGUGGAAUGCAAUGUCCCCAGCUAGUGGAGGGAGAGAGGACUUCAACUAGAUGGACCCAACAGAAAGAAUUGUGUUUCCAGAAGAAAGAUUAAAGAAGAUUUAUAGGUAGGAAGAUGAAUCAUUUGAACUCUUAAAUGAAGUGAGCCCAAGAGUUUCACAGCAAACAAAUCUUGGGAACUGCUAGCAAAGCCAGGUUGUUCAUGUGCCCUUUAAUUUUUGAACCUUGGUAGGUCCCUGCUCACUCUCUGCCAAGAGCUGGGCAGGGGAGCCUAUUUGGGAUUACUGGCCCAGCUCCAACAGGGAGCCCCCUUCCCCCCCACCCCUCUGCAGGUUCACUGCUUCACGUCUCUGCCGAGGCAGCUUUCCUUUCUUUUGUGUGUAUUUUCUGUGUUCCCAGCCUCCACCCUCUCCUGCCACCCUUGUGAACUAGGACCAGGUCCUGACCACAGUCAGAAGAUGACAGUAUGUACAGUGGCACACCUUGACCAGUCACUAAUUUUCACUGUUGUGAAAGUGAUUUGAUUUAGAAUUAAAUAAAUGGUUUUACAUUACUG